AUGACGGAGGACUCCGCGCGCAAGCGCAAGGCGUUUCGGGACAGCUUGACGCAGAACGAGGCCGACGAGUUUUCGAAGGACGGAGCGCGCGAGCCGCGCAAGGACGCUCCCCCGUCGCCGGCGCCAUGCGGGGGCACGACCGCGGCGUGGAAGCCGCCGGGCGGCUCGGAGCACGACUCGCUCGCGGACGCGUCGUACGGCGUCGGCGACGCCGCGGGGCACGGGUCCCGGGCGUCGAAGCGCGCGAAGCUUGAUGCCGGCGACGGCGAGGGAGCCGUCGCCCCCGACGACGGCGACGCGCGCGGGUCGCGCGUCGCCGUCAUCGGCGCUUCCGCUUCCGCUCCCGCUCCGGGCGCGCGCGCGCCCGUGCCCGCGCCCGGGCCCGCGCCCCCGUCCGUGCCCGCGCCCACCGCCGGCGGCGACGAGCAGCGCUCCCGCGUGGCCCGCGGCGCGGGCUCGAAGAAGCCGGGCCGCGGCCUCCCGCCGCCGGCCGCGGCCGUGCCGGCCACGACGGGCGAGGCCCUCGCGUCCGAGGCCAAGGGCCCCGCGGCGCCCGCGCCGGCCGACGCGCCGGCCGACGCGCCGGCCGACGCGCCGGCCGACGCGCCGGCCGCGCCCGCGCUCGAGGCCGCCGCCCCGCUGAAGCGGCCCCGCGCGAAGGGCGCCGCGGCGGGCCCGCGCGGCGGCGUCGCGAAGCGGCCCCGCCGCGGCGGGGACGCGGCCGCCGCGCCGCCGUCGGCCGCGCCGCCGGCGGCGGCCGCGGCCCCGUCGGCCGUCGACGCGGGGGGCGCCGCGGCCCAGGCCCAGGCGGGCGGCGCCCCGCCGUGGCGCAAGGGCAAGUGGACCGCGGAGGAGAAGGACUUCACGGCGGCCUUCAUCCGCGAGUUUGACCGGGGCAUGCUCAACUGCCCGCGGGGCACGUCGCUCCGGCCCUACCUGAGCGAGAAGCUCCACCGCGCCCCCGUAGUCAUCACGCAAAAGUUCAAGGACGACGCGUCCUUCCGGAAGCGCGUGUUCGGCGACGCGGUCAUGGGGAAGCGGGUCUUCACGCCCUGCGAUCAGACGCCUCAGAACGUCGCGGAGGCGCUCGGCGUCCGGUCCAAGCUCCGCGAGCUGGAGCAGCGCUUCGCGAGCGCCGCGGCGAGCGCCGCGGCGAGCGCCUCGUCCACGGGGGGCGGCGACUGGGCGGAGCACGAGAACCGGACGCUCUUCGACCUCCAGCGGCAGCACGGCAACAAGUGGACGUUGAUCGAGAAGUCCCUGCCGGGUCGGACCGUGUCGGCCGUCAAGGGCCGCUGGAUCAAUCCCGAGAUGCAGCGCUGGAUCGCCGCGCUCUCCGCGCCGCCGCCGCCGCCGACGGCCGCGCGCCUGCGCUACACGGCCGCGCUGGACGUGCUGAACGAGCUCGGCGAGGACGGCUUCGAGGCCGCGGCGGCCGCGUUCGGCGACGGCGCGAACCCGAGCGACGCGGUCGUCACGGAGGCCGCGCCGCCGCCGCCUGAGGCCGCGCCCGCGCCCGAGCGCGUCGCGGCCGACGGCGCGCCCGAGCCGCCGUCCGUCGCGACGUCCGAGGGCGAGGGCCCCGCCGACGCCGCGCCGCGGCUCGUGGCGCACGAGGCGCUCGCCGCGGACGGCGGCGCGUCCACGGUCCAGGCGACGUCGCCCGUCGUCGACGCGCUCGCGGCGGACGGCGGCGGGACGCCGGCCGCGGCUCCGGCCGCGCGCCGCGAGGGCGAGUGGGGCGACGACGAGAAGGCGACGUUCCUCGACUGGUCGCUGAGCGGCGGCUGGGGCGACUGGUUCGGGCUGUCGACGAAGAUGAUGGGCUCGCGCUCUAACCUGCAGAUCAGAGACUUCGCGGUGGUUUUUACGCAGCGAAACUCCGUCGCCGCGGCUACGCUCAAGGCCAAGGCGGCGCGGCGCGCGCUCGCGGCGCUCGGCGUCGCCGACGCGGAGGUCGCCGCGCUUUCGGCCGCGCAGCUGCCGGAGGCUUUGGCCGAGGCCGAGGCGCGCGCCGCGCUCGCGGCGCUCGGCUUCGACGCCGCGGAGAUCGCCGAGCUUUCGGCCGCGGAGCUGCCGGAGGCUUUGGCCGAGGCCAAGGAGCGCGCCGCGCUCACGGCGCUCGGUGUCGCCGACGCGACCGUCGCCGAGCUUUCGGCCGCGCAGCUGCCGGAGGCGUUGGCCGAGGCCGAGGCGCGCGCCGCCGCGGCCAAGGCGGCGAAGCGCGAGGCCAAGGCCAACGGCGCGGCGGAGGGCCCCAAGUCCCACAGCAAGUUUUCGGGAAUGACGACGACCGCGGCCCUGCAAUACGCCGGCGACAGAUUCGGCAUCGGCCGCGAGGGCGGCCUGGGCUACGUGAUGACGGAGAAGCGCGCGCACUUCAAGCCCUUCUCCACCGGCACGGGCACGUCCAAGGGCGUGAAGUACCUGCGCGCCUGCACGUUCGAGGAGCGCGGCGACAAGUACGUCGCCGCGGCCGCGACCAUGAGCGAGCACGCGCUGGGCUGCAUCGCCGAGGCCUGCGAGCACGCCCUCCCCGAGCACGUCUUCCAGCGCGUCUCGUCGACCUCGGAGUGCGACCUCAACCGCUGGGGAAACGUGAGCACCCACCGGAAAACGGGCCAGAAGUCGAACAAGGUCAACUUCGGCAAGCCCGGCCACUUCAAGUCGCAGCGGGACGGCGCGGAGGCGCUCCCGCCCGACGUCCACGCGGCCAUCUCCACGCUCGCCGGCGAACUGACGUCGCGUUUCCGGCCGAGGCCCGGCGGCGUCUACGCCGCGUCCGAGAAGUCGCACGCGAAGAUCUUCGUGAUGGCGCCCGGCGCGAAGCGCGCCGUGACGCUCGACCAGCACCGCGACUGCAUCGCGGCGUCGAACGAGGCCGUGCCUUCGCUUGCGACCCACGCGACGAUCUCCUACGCGACGCUGGACCCCGACACGCGGAAGCUCGUGCCCAUCUCCGAGGAGCGGGCCGCGCAGCUCGAGCUCGAGCUCGUGAACGUCUCCGGCGUCAGCUUCAAGGCGAAGCACCUCGAUCCGAAGUCGGAGCUGGGCUACGCGCGCAUGGACAAGGCGUCGGAGAUCGUCAUCCGCGUCGGCCACAAGGCGAGCUACGCCUUCGACGGCCUCGCGAACGCCGCGUUCCUCCACGAGGUGGCCAACGCCGAGAACCCCAUACCGGGCUUGUACCGCAUCACGCACGUGAGCUUCAUGCAGGCCAACUAA